CUGUUACAGCAGCUACAGAUAUACAUAUAUAAAAUCUACAUAUAUAGGUAUAGACUAAGAUAUAUAGAUAUAUACUUGUAUGAUUGUAUCGAUUUAGUGUUUGAUUUGAGAAUAAUCAACAAUAAUAAAUAGAAAAAUGUUAGGAAAGCUAGGGCGAAAAUUAUCGAUGCAGAAAAGUGAUGUGAAAGAUCAUCACCAGUAUCAUCAUCAGCCUUCUCCUUAUAUUGAUGAGCUUGCUUUAGCUUCUAAGGAUAUGCAAGAUAUGAGAAACUGUUAUGAUGGGUUAUUAUCUGCGGCUGCAGCAACGGCAAAUAGUAUAUAUGAAUUUUCGGAGUCACUAAAUGAAAUGGGCAACUGCUUGAUGGAAAAAAACGUUGCAGAUUCUGAUCCUGAAUGUGGAAAAGUGCUAUCAACUUUAGGAAAUAUGCAAUUGGAACUUCAGAAAAUUGCUGAUAGUUAUCGUUCAUAUGUAAUUGUGACGAUUACCAAUCCAUCAGAGUCUCUUCUCAGUGAGCUACGGAAAGUGGAGGAGAUGAAACUUCAAUGCGAUGAAAAAAGAGAGGUGUAUGAAUACAUGAUGGCACAACACAGAGAGAAAGGAAAAUUGAGAAAUGGAAAAGUUGAAAGUUCAAUUGCUCAAAAACUACAAGAAGCUCAAGAGGAAUAUGAUGAAGUGACUAGAUUAUGUGUAUUUCGUGUGAAAUCGCUUAAGGAGGGACAAUGUCGCAGUCUUUUAACACAAGCUGCUCGUCACCACGUUGCUCAGGUGAAUUUCUUUCGCAAAGGACUUAAAGCUCUUGAAGCAGUUGAACCUUUCAUAAGAAAUGUCGCGGAAAAGAAUCAUAUCGAUUACCAACUCAGUGAACUACCUGAUCGAGAGUCCCGUGGAGAUGAACCUAUGAGUGGCUAUGAAAGUACCGAUGAUGGAGAAUUGAGUUUUGAUUACAAACAAAAGAAACAAGGACUCGAUGAUGAUGGGAGCUCACCAAAUCCAAUGGAGUUGGACCAGGUAGAUGUUCUAUAUCGUCAAGCUUCAAAUUUAGAAGAUUUGGAGAUAAAUAUGAAUAAACCCAAAGGGGAACAGCUUAUUGGUAGACAAGCCAGAGUGAGCAGUUAUUCUGCCCCACUAUUUCCUGAAAAGCUUGGUACAUCCGAGAGGCCAAAAGAAACCCAACCCCCACGAAAAUUUUACUCCUAUGUAUUACCUCCCCCCAUUGUGGAUACCCGAAAUCCAGUUUCAAGACCCUCUACAUCCAUUCCGCAUUCCAUUUCAUCUCAAAAUCUACAGCCACCAUUGCCACCUGACCAUGAGAAGCAUUUAAGACGUACCGGUGAUGAUAACACAUCAACAUCUGCUUUGAGCUCAAAGGUCCAGUCAUCAAUAAAAGAUGGUAGCGGUAUUAAUUCGUCCAUACAGUUACCUGCUCCCACUGGAAGAUUUUCCUUCUCACAGCGGGAUAGUUAUAGCAGAAAUGAUAGUAAAGCAGCCAAACGACAAUCUUUUUCUGGCCCAUUACCACCAAGCAAGCAAUUUUCUUUUAAAAUGGUAUCUAAUAAUAGCGGGCCCAUUACCCCUACUGAACUUCCUCAGCCGCCUUCUCGGGGACCAGUUUCCCAGCCAAAUUUGUCAGCGAGUGUGCCCCGCAGUGUUUCUCCACCUCUUAUAUCUUCACCUAAAAUAAGUGAGCUUCACGAGCUUCCUAGGCCCCCUGGUAGUUUACCCUUCUCGAAACCUGUUACUAUUUCUAGUGGUUUGAUUGGACAUUCAGCACCUUUAUUAUCAAAAAAUCAAGAGAUCUCUCCACCGAAUAAACGUCCUAUGUCAACAUCAACCUGUCCAUCUCCUCUUCCACUUCCACCUUCAGUUGCUACAAAAAGCUUUUCCAUACCCUCUGGUAACAAUGAGACAUGAAGAAGCAGCUUCUCGGAGACUUGCAUCAGUUUUUUUUCCAGAUAUCAAGCUGAUAUCAACUGUUACAGAAGUAGCCUCUCAUGUAGGCCCCAUUAAAGGUUGAAGCUGAUUUCUAGACAGGCUUAAGCAUAUUCAUUUAGGUUAUUGCUUCUUUUUGUUUUUGCUCAUCAGUAGAGGCUUGUAAAUACAUUGACGUAGUAGAUGUGCAUAAAACUCCCAAAUAUUAUGGAUUUUGGUCGACAACUUGUUUUGUCUUGUUCACAAGUAGCUGUAUUUUCUAUACCUAAUAUCUAACAGAACAAUCUUCAUUGACAUAUCUUUUGGUA